AUUUCCUUGAAGGUCUGGCGAUGUUUUUGAGGGAUAAGGAGCGUAGGGCGAGGCCCCGGGAUGUGGUGAGAGGAGCCGGGUGAGGGCGCGGGCAGCCCGGUCCCGGCACAGCGCUUCGGGGAGGGAAUAAGGCAGCGGUGUGCUGCAGGGGGGCUCCGGUGAAAGCCCCCGGCCGGCGGGCAGGCUGAGGUGUGCGGCCUCUCCUCCCCGGAGCCGGCUGCCCCGCCGCGCUGAAAGCACGGCCCAGGUGAUUAACAAUGAAGCGCUGAAUAACUGGGGGUGCCUUGUCUCCCUCGACUCGAAAACAAGGGGUCGUGAUAGAUGAGGUGUCGGUGGAGCAGAUGCACGCUAGGUGCAAGGAAGACUUUGGGGGUGUUUGUGUAAGUAGGAAGGUUACCCUCUUGUGCCCCUGCGCUGGCUGCUGUUGCAUCAUUGAAGGGCAUGAAAUCAGGACGUGGGAUCGAUGGGCUGGCACAGCCGAGCAGCAGCCACGGCUUAUCCUGUAACACACAUAGCAGAUGGACGGUGAUAGCUCCACAACGGAUGCUUCUCAGUUAGGAAUUGCUGGAGAUUACAUUGGUGGCAGUCACUAUGUGAUACAGCCUCACGAUGACACAGAGGACAGCAUGAAUGAUCACGAAGAUACAAAUGGCUCAAAAGAGAGUUUUAGAGAACAAGAUAUAUAUCUUCCAAUUGCAAAUGUGUCAAGGAUAAUGAAAAAUGCCAUACCACAAACAGGAAAGAUUGCUAAGGACGCAAAAGAAUGUGUGCAAGAGUGUGUAAGUGAAUUCAUCAGCUUUAUAACGUCAGAAGCAAGUGAGAGGUGUCACCAAGAGAAAAGAAAGACCAUCAAUGGAGAGGAUAUUCUCUUUGCCAUGUCUACCUUGGGGUUUGAUAGCUAUGUUGAACCUUUGAAGUUAUACCUCCAGAAAUUCAGAGAGGCAAUGAAAGGAGAAAAGGGAAUUGCAACAGUUACAACUGGAGACAGUCUAAGUGAGGAGCUCACAGAGGAAGCAUUUACUAACCAGUUGCCAGCAGGCUUAAUAACCACAGAUGGCCAACAGCAGAAUGUUAUGGUCUACACAACAUCAUAUCAACAGAUCUCUGGUGUUCAACAAAUCCAGUUCUCAUGAUUUGAAGAAAACUUUGGAUCUGGGAACACGAGACGGAAGCUCUGCAACUCUAACAAAGAGGCAGAUUUAAUGACUGGUGAAGAGAUUUAUCUCUUUGUAUAUUACAUAGCUGUAAUGUAGCUACCUGAAGCUUGACUAAUUGAGGUGUGAGUUCUGACUCAAAUCUUUUUCAUGAUGAUUUUAAAAAAAAAUUGGAUUUUAAAGGUAUUAAAGUAUUUUUGUUUUGUACAAGAGUUUGUUGCUCUGUAUAACUCCUGUAUGCAUUGUAUAUUGCAAUUUAUUACUGUCAGAGAUUUGUAGACAGUUUCUUAUUUUCAUAUUGAAUCAUGUUACUUUUGUAAUUCAGGUAAACAGCUGGGUUAAUUCAUGUUUACCCUUUGAAUAAAAUUGUAAGGGUAAAGUUCAUUUUUUGAAUGCAAGUUGCCUUUAUUAUAAAGAUUGAGUUGGUCUUGGUUACGUAACUUGUCUUGCAUGACGACCUCAGCUAACUCUACAUGUCAGCAUAUUUAUUGAAACUUCAAAAGGGACGUUUUCCUCAUGAAUUGCUACAACUGUUUUUUUUUAUGUAACUUCAGAAUUAAAAGUUAAUCAAAAA